UCCCGACCACCAACCCCCCACAAACACCACAGCCACCGGACGGCAGCCAAACUCGCCGGUCACCGGACCAAUCUCGUCAGGAUAUCGCCGGGCACUGGACGGCAGCCGUACCCCGUCGUCGGACCAGCGAAGCAGGUGGACAUGGCUGACAAUGUUGAACUAAUUGGUGAUUACACAGACCAUUUUCUUAAUGGCGUCCGAUAUGCCAAUUUCGAAGAUGCUGUAACAGAGACCAAAAACAUCGCGAUGUCUCUUGGUUUCUUUCUAACUAAGGGAUCGAUGAAGCCACGUGACUUGGGCAACGAAAGAUCAUUGGGUAUCUGUUAUAUGUAUUGCGACAGAUGCAGUAGGGAGAGGAAGUCAUACAAGCCGGAUCCUUCCAAAGAGAGUCGUGGCAAUACAAGUUCAAAAGGAGCGGGAUGCAUGUUCAAGAUUAAAAUCAAAGAAAUACUGGUUAAUCCAGAUGCUCGUGAUGGACCUACAUUCUGGGAGAUACAAGGAGUCGCGGAGCAAGGAACCGGUUUAAGGCGAGGGUAUCACAGUCAUGAGAAAAUGCUUUAUCCCGAGGGCCAC